AGGCUGCUUCGCCGGAUGAAAAAGCCCUUGUGGAAGGCGCAGCCAGGCUGGGUGUCGUUUACGCUGGAUGUCAACCUGUAGAUGCGCAGCCGUCCACGCUACUCUACACAGUUGAACACUGGAUGACUGACCCUGAUUCAAACCCAAUCGAUCUAAUGGAAGUGCGGCACUAUUUUGUGGAUGCCAUUCUGGAGUUCACAUCUACGCGGAAACGAAUGUCUGUGAUGGUGCGUCAUCCGGAUGGGACAUGUCACGUGCACAGUAAGGGCGCGGAGGUUAGCAUGCUAUCUGCGGAGGUCUGUACAAAAUGUCAUAAUGGUUUGUACAAUUUGGUGAUGCAGCGCGCAAACGAAAUCGCUCGGGAGGGUUAUCGUACUCUAGUCUUUUCUAGCCGUCAACUCUCAAAAGUUGAGUACCAAAAGUUGCUGAGAGAAUUUCGUGCAACAAGUGGAAUGCUUGGCGUGAACCGGCAGAAAGCCUUGAAUGAUGUGUACGCGAAAAUAGAGACAGAAUUACAGCCGAUGUAUGUAGCUGGAAUUGAAGAUGUCUUGUACCCCGGGGUAAAGAAAUGUCUCAAUGGACUACGGGAGGCUGGAAUUCAGGUUUGGAUACUCACCGGGGAUAAAGAGGAGACUGCGGUCACUGUGAGUCAAUCAGCUGGUCAUUUCACUCCACAAAUGGGUCUUAUUCGCAUGACGCAUUGCCCAGACUAUGCAACCGCAGCAUGCUGGGUCUUUGAACAGUUGGAAGGUAUUCAGGCACGACUAGAUCUACGCACGCGAGGGCCGCACGGAAUGGAGAAACGAACCAGUCUGUUGGCCAGUCACGAAGAGCUGACUGAAGCAUAUCUAACAGCCGCGGAGAGCGAACUGUCCACCAAACGUGACGAAAUUCUCCUCAGAGAUCGCCUGAAGCGCCUGCGUUCCCGGCUGCAGACCUUCAUAAGCUGGGAGUCAAGGAAAACCAGAGGCCGUGUUUUUAGAAGUAAAGGUCGCCGGAGGGCGGGUGGGGGAGGAGAACCAAUCGGCCUAGUGGUAGACGGCAAGACAUUGGGCCUUGUUUUAGAUGUACGUCUUGAAGUAGCUGAAUUUGAAUUCAGACAACGGUUUGAAAUAGCACUUGCAAAAUUUGUUUGUUCUUUCAGACCCCAAUUAGCUCUAGCCAAAAGAGCGUUCUUCAAUCCAUAA